UGGUCGAUCUCGGAGUCCCGUGACACAAAAAUAUCCAAAACAACGAACUAUAUGUAUGACGGAACCGAGGAGGAGAGCAGCUGACAAGAGCAGCCGAGGCGCUGCUGUUCUGCUCGCGACGCCAGUCGCGGAGAGAAGCUUCGAUCGGGCGAGACGUGUGUUACGUCGUGUCGCGGUUGUUGUUCGAACGAGAGAGGCUAAACCAACCGCGAGGAUCCGCACGAAGAGCGUCGAGACCCCAGCACGGCUCCGCUGCCGCGUAGCUGUCACCUGUCAUACGGGCGUGCGCGCGCGCGCACGCGCGCGCGGCUGCAUGUGUGCGUGUGAUGUGCCGGCGCCCCAUUCCCUGGUGCACGAUUACUCCAGUUGGUCGCUCGUCGAAACUAACCCCUCGCGCAUCCCCGACUAGGUCAUUUUCCUCGUCGUCGUUCGCGUUAUUAUGCGCGUCAGGCAUUAGCAGCGCAUAAACGCUGUGGAAGGAAAGGAUGUACGCGCUGCAGAUGCAGACUGCCUGCCAGGGCGAGGGCACUGGUGAGCCCGAUGACCCCAGCAGCCUUCAUCAGGAACCAGCACGACCUGCUGCGCAAGAUUGCAGCUCUUUCGACAUUGUCAGAGCCACACAGUAUGGAGCAUUGGAUCGGGUGACAGAAUUGGUGGAGGCUGGUGCUGACGUGAACCAACCGGACUCGGAAACCGUGACGUUGCUUCAUUGGGCAGCUAUUAACAAUCGGAAAGACAUUGUUAAGUAUCUUAUCGCGAAAGGAGCCGUGAUCGAUGCCAUUGGCGGCGAGUUGGCUUCCACGCCACUACAUUGGGCUACGAGGCAGGGCCACCUCUCCACGGUCGUCAUACUGAUGAGGGCAGGCGCUGAUCCGACCUUGAGGGACUCGGAAGGUUUCUCGUGCAUACAUCUGGCGGCGCAAUUCGGCCACACGGCCAUCGUGGCUUAUCUGGUGGCGAAAGGCGUGAAUCCCAACAUGCCAGACAGAAGCGCCAUGACGCCACUCAUGUGGAGUGCUUACAAAGUCAAUAGUCUCUCCUUCUACAGCUUAGACCCGACGCGACUCCUGUUGACUCUAGGAGCGUCGCACUCGCUCACCGACAACCUGCACGGCAACACGGCUCUACAUUGGGCUAUCAUAGCGAAAAAUAACACGGCGAUAUCCACUCUGGUGCAACACGGAGCCUCCUUGGAUCUGCCCAAUUUCCAAAACGAGACGCCGAUGACGUUGCUAGGUCCGCACAUCGGCGCAGCCUGGCUAGGGCACAAAAUUAGUCACGAGAUUAAAGAGAAGCAAGGUCGCACAAGAACAUGGUGUAGAGAUAAGAGAAUCCGUUGGUAUUGCAUGGUCAGUACGCCAUUUAUAGCAUUUUAUGUGAUCGGCAUGACUCUACAGAGCGGAUGGGAUUAUUUACUAAAACUAGGUGCCUUCAUCAUUCUUUACGUAGCGGUGUAUCUAAUGAACCAUUUCGUGUUCGACGAACGGCUGUUCCAUAUAUUACCAAUGUCGAUUUAUUUGGCGACCAAGAUGUGGAUCUAUGUUACGUGGGUAUUUUGGCUGGGUGUCCACGCAGCCUGGUAUUUAUGGUUAUUAUUGGUUGGCGGUUCUGUUCCUCUCUGGAUAUGCUUCCUACAAUCUUGGCGAGGUGAUCCCGGAAUUAUUACGGCUACUCAUGAGGAUAAAUUAAAUACGAUAAUCGAAUUGGCCGAAUCGGGUGGCUUCGAGCCGCAAUGGUUCUGCAGUAGUUGUUUAGUCAGGAGACCCAUGAGAUCCAAGCAUUGUUCCACGUGCGAUCGUUGCGUAGCGCGAUUCGAUCAUCAUUGUCCAUGGGUUAACAACUGCAUCGGUGCGCACAAUCACAAGUAUUUUCUUGGAUUUCUGGCGUCAUUGCUCGGACUGUGCAUCGUUAUUUUAUCCGCCAGUGUACAGUAUUGGCAAUUCGAAUGUUGGUCCAACUUAACGAACGGUCACAGCGCGGACAAUUAUCUGGUAGCUGCGGCUACUUGCGACGCUUGGGUGAUGUGGGUAGCAGCCAACACAUCUCUUCAUUCCUUCUGGGUCGGAACCCUGUUGGCGUGUCAAUGUUAUCAGAUUAUGGUCCUGGGAAUGACAACGAAUGAACGAAUGAACGCUGGUCGUUACAAGCACUUCAAGCAAGGAAACCCGUUCCAUCGCGGUGCCCUGCAGAACGCCGCGGAUUUCUGCAAUUUCAGCUUCUGCGGGGUGAAGGCGAAACCCAGCUCGGACUGGUUGCACAGCUUCGAUCUCAAGCAAAGCAUCGAGAAGCUACCUUUGCUCGCACAGAAGGAUAAUUUUCAGUACGUUUAGAAUCUCGUAAAGAGAACGUUGAAAUGAGAGAGAGACUGUUAUUGUGCUAUUGCAGAGUCGCGAGAAGCUAAGUACACACACAUCCGCAACACAUACAUAUACACCAUAUCACUUAUGCCUGACGUAUUUUUCGGGCCACCAAAGAGUUGCCGCAAAAACACGUAAGUGACUUUUCGAUACAGCAGCAAAAAAAUACAAGGUGUCCCACAGGAAAUUGCUAAAACUAAUCGGUUGUCGUUUUUUAAUGCAUGCAGUUAUCGAGGAAACAAAAAUUGUGUUGAAAAGAGAAAAGAUCUGCAGUUUUUCAUCUUUUCCUUAAAAAGUGUAUGUUAAGUCGAUCACUCGAAUAUAACUCGAAGCGUUGAAGCCAUUUUUUCUACGAUGCUGAUUGGAUGCUGGUGCGUUGCGAUAUAUUCGCAGUUAGGGUAGGUACGUAGCGUUCAAGCGCCUCGUAAUGUAAAAAUGAUGUGUUCUAUUAUGUACUUAUUUAAUUCAAUGAAUGUAUAUAAUAGAAAUUCGAGAAUUUAAGUUAUGUACAUAAUUGAAAUUCAGCAAAUUAAAAUUAUGUACACUCGCGAAGAAAAAGUUUGUUUAGCGCGCGCGAAGCGUGCGCUUGUGUUAUCUAGUGGAUCUAAAUAAUGUUUAUAUACCAGUUUAU